AUGGGAUUCUCCUCCAUGCUGCUGAUGAAGUUCGACAGCGAGACCAUCCUUGCGUGGGAGAAGCACUCCGUCCACUUCGAGCGGGACAAAUAUCAGGAGCUGAUGAAAUUUGUCGAAGAUCGGAUCCAGAUCCUGAAAUCCACUAAAAGCCUUACCAUUGUAGAGGAUUCGACGAUUAAGGUGGCCGGCAACACACGGCAAAUUACCUCACGGAGAGCCAUUCACAAAUCCUCGGGGCAACCACGGUUUUUAUUGGAGUGCGGUGAAAAUCACUCGCUACACAUGUGUCCAAUAUUCAACGGCAAGGAUGUACAGCAGCGACGCGACAUCGUGGCAAAGAAGUGCUGUUGCUGGAAUUGCCUUAGCAAUACGCAUCUAGCGAAGGACUGCAAGUCGGAUCGGUCCUGUCGCACGUGUGGGGAGCGUCAUCAUUCACUGCUACACAUUUCUUCGACGAUAUCGAUGGGUGUUGUCAAAACAAACACGUGA